CGCUUGGGUUUGGGUUUGGCGUCGGCGUCGCUCCGGCGUUAGGCCGGCUUCUCUCCGCGGGCCGCGGAUAAAGUGCGGGUGGCCUAGGGUGCUGUAAGGGACGGUCGGCGCGCUAAGGCCCGCUAGCCACGCGGCGUCGGCUGGACGCCAGAGCGUCCGAGUCGUUGUGUCGUGACAACGACUCUAGUGGCUGUCUCCGCGACAGCAGGUGCGGCCGUUUCAGCCCCAGGCGGGCUUGGCGGCUGACUGGCGAGUCUCUGCUCGCGCCCAGCCCUUUCCUUCCUGUACCCGGCGCCAAGCAGCGACGCUGAGCCGACCGCCGGAGCGACGGGCAAUGGCGGCCUCGACGGCCUCGCACCGGCCCAUCAAGGGGAUCCUGAAGAACAAGAGCUCUACGACUUCCUCUGUGGUGGCAUCGGCCGAACAGCCCGGCAGGAGUGUCGACGAAGAGCUGAGAGUAAAUACAGCCCAAGAGAGAAUGUUUGUUGGACUUGCCUGUAGUAACAGGACUAAUGAAGGUAAAAAGUCCCAGAAGUGGGAUGAAAUGAACAUCCUGGCGACAUAUCAUCCAGCAGACAAAGACUAUGGUUUAAUGAAAAUAGAUGAACCUAGCACUCCUUACCAUAGUAUGGUAGGUGAUGAUGAAGAUGCACUGAGUGAUUCAGAAACCACUGAAGCCCUGACCCCAGAUAUCUUAGCUAGGAAAUUAACUGCUGCUGCUGAAAGCUCGGAGCCAAAGUGUCGAGUUCGUGAACAAGAAAGCAGUGAAGAUGAGGAUAGUGACCUCUCACCUGAAGAACGAGGUAAAAAAAAGCGACAGUUUGAAAUGAAAAGGAAGCUUCACUACAAUGAAGGACUGAAUAUUAAAUUAGCUAGACAAUUAAUUUCAAAAGACCUACGUGAUGAGGAGGAGGAUGAAGAAAUGUCAGAGACUGCAGCUGGAGAAAGCAUGAAUACAGAAGAAUCAAAUCAAGGAUCUACUACAUGUGACCAACUGCAAAACAAAUCACAGAGCUCAUAGAAGGGAUUCGUUCAGCACAGUAAUUGUCAGAUACAAACCGUUACUAUAACAUACUGCUUCUUGUUCUCUACAAUUCAUGACUUAAGUACCAAAAUGUGUACCAGUUAUUAUAUAUUGCCAAGAAUUAAAUAACUUUAGAGACUAAAUAGACUGAAAAUGCCUAAUUGAUACAUAUAUUCUUGUGCCUAGUACUUCACCACAAAUACAGCAUAAUGUCAUCAGUCCAAAACUACAUUACUUUUGUAAGAACACUGGUUAAUUUGUAUAAGAUAUAUAGCUUUUUAUGCUUUAGAAGUUAAUAUCUUUUGGGGAGGGAGAAGGGAUCUAAUUUAUUUUCUUCACUUCUAGAUGUGAUAGCUCUUAUAAAAAAUUAGGUUUUUUAAAAAUCAAAAUCCAAUUGGAACAACAGAUCAUACAGGCUGAUGAAUAUUCAGCCUGAAAAGUAUUUUAACAUGCAUCUUCAACUUGUCUGUUUAAUUGAAAAGAAUUAUAAGAGUUACUGUUGCAUUUUCUGGUAUACUACCUUUCAAAUUCCUGUUGCGUUUCUUUUAUGUUUACAAGGAAAGGAUUAAACUUUUUCUCAUCAAAACUAGCUUUUUCCACAAAUAAAUUAUCAGGUUAAACUUGCACUAACGUCUGCUCUGACUUUUUUUUUGUACUCUCGAUGGGCAGACUUCAGAUCAGUUUUUUAAAUAAAUAUAAUUCUAAUAUAGUCUCAGCAUUCCCUUUAUCUACUUGUCUUAACGUCCUACCUUUGUUUCUUACUCCUUUCCACGCAUAUGCACAGAAUCCUUUACCUUUAUAAAGGAUCAUAAAGAUUGUCGUGACAUUAGGAACUUUUCCUUUUCUCACAUAUUCUGUCAUUUGCUGCAACAAUGAAAAUCUUAUUUUGACUAUCAAUGCCUAUUAGUUCUUCUAAUACAUGGAGAAAAUAGAUUGAAUAGCAGCAGUACUAUAGACAGGAAAUACAAUUCAACUGCAGAAUUUCUACACCUCUGUGAUUUACAGCUUGCUAAUUAAAGUGCUAUUAUUAGUUUAUUGUUUGACUUAAUUAGACCUUAGAAAACAACUAACUGAGGCUUUUGGGGGUUUUUUUUGCAUGAUGAGAGAAUUGUGUGUAACCAGUGAUAUGAUGAUAGUUCCUGAAUGUAUAGACAGAAGUAAAUCUGAACACUUUUUAAAUUUAAAAACCUUAAAUAGUUCCUGCUUUAAGGGAAUAUCAUAAUGUGUACUAUGACAAAUGUACUUUAUUCUUCUAACACAGUAAGAUUUGGACUUCUUCCCUGAAAUGAAGUGCAGUUCCUGUGUAUCUUAGUUUAGUGAUGGUUUCAUUUCUAGUCAAUUAUUUGUAUCUUAAUUUUUUGUUAGUACCGAAGGAAUCCAUUAUAUGAACAGACUUUUAAAAUAAUUUCUGUAUACUGUAUGUAUGUAUGAAUUGGCUUUUAUUGAACAGCUUUUCUUCCACUUGCAAGUUUAUAGAAAUAUCAAUAUGUCAAAAUAAAUAAGAAGUGGGAGAAUUCUUUGCUGUUAGAAGAAUGUUUUUAUUAAUUUGAAUGUCUUUUUCUUUUAAUGGAAUCCAAUCAGUACUUUUGAACUGCAGGUAUAGUGUUCUAACUAAAACAUAUUAGCUAGUAAUACUACUGAUUUAUAAACAAUGUUUAUCUCUACUUUCUGAAUUUAGAAUGUUGAGGUAUUCUUACCUGUUUAAACCUGUUUGGGGGUAUUUAAGCUUAUACAUAUGUGUGUACAUAUGUUCAUGCGCACAGACCUCUGUUUUUGGUUUUCUCAUUUCGAGUCCUUAGAAAGUAUCCACAUGCUCUUUAUUUGUAGAAAUAGCUGCUAUACAGUGAAGAAAAGGUAAGACCUUUAACAACUGAUCCUUUUGGUGUUUUCUACAAACUAUUUCUUGAAACUUAAAUCACAGGCAAACUUGCAUAUCUGGUUUCAGGAAGUAGAUAGUUAUGUAAGAGGAAUAAGACAUGGCAAAUAGCAUGCCCAGUAGGAUUUUAGGUAGUCAAAUGUGACUGAGUAAAACUGUUCAUCGUCAUGAAUUCCUAAUUGACACAGUAUUGAACUACACAAAAAAUGGACCUUCAUGACUCAAGUUAGAUUUUCCUUUGGAGAAAGUUAUCUGUCAGUGUUCAGUUCUAGCCAAAGUAGAUUUUACUUUCAAUUUUUUAAUCAAUAUCUCUUCUCUGCUUAACUCCUCUGAUGUCAUCUUUUCUGUUUAUUUUUCAGUCUGAAAUUCAGCAAUGAUGCUUUUUAAAAUCUGAGACAUAUAAUGGUAUAAAUGGAUUGUUAAAAAUAACUUUAAAUUGAAGAUUAAAGCAAAGUGCCAUUUUUCCCUAGACUUCCGUUUUGUUUACAUUUUUUCCUCUUAAAUUAGUACACCGAACAUAUUGUAAUAAAAUACAGUAAUAUGA